CCCGCUUCCGUAACCGACGUCGUCUCGACGUGCCCCUCACGAGUCCGAUCCGCCCGCCGCCGCCGCCGCCGCCACGCUCCUCCCGCCCCAAAUCUUUCAACCUAUAUAAUUCCCGCACCCCCCCCUCUCCGGCGGGCCGCCUCACCCGAGUCCCCAGAGCCCUGACGUACCGGCAGCCACGGAGCAGAGCCUUUCCUAACAACAGAUCGGUCGGGCUCGGCGGCGGACGAGAUGGACUUCUCCUCCGGCGACGUGAAGGCGGCGGUCAUGCGGCCCGCGGUUCCCGUUGCAGGAGUCGGCGCUGCCGUCGGGCCGUCGGCGCUGCUGCGGGGGUGGCGGGAGUUCCGGCGGAGCGCCGCGCCGGCGAGGUUCCUCUGCUUCGAGGACGGUGGGUGGGUGGACGUCGCCGGCGACGCCGUCGGGCAGCUUCGCCGGGCGUUCCAGGACAGGAGGGCGAUGGCGGAGGCCGCGUGCGGAGGCAGGGCGUACCUGUUCGACUUCCUGCGCAUGGUGAGGAUCGACGCGGCCACCGGCGAGGAGACCGCGCUGGCGUGGAUCGAUGACCGCGGGGCCUGCUUUUUUCCGGCUCCGGACUGCGGCGGGAGGAAGCGGAGGAGGGACGACGCGCCGGAGGAGGCCGAGGCCGAGUCCUCCUCGGGCGUGGAGGAGCGCUCUGGGGAGAGCCGCGGGGCGGAGGACGCCGCGAAGAGGAUGAAGGCGAGCGGGGCGUGGGGGAAGAGCGCGGCGGCGAGGCUGGAGGAGAGCGACAAGUACUACCAGGUCGUCAGCAAACUGUUCCUCAGCUACGGGAUGGCGUCCCGUGGCGCGGCGAUCACCGCGGUCCGCAAGGUCGGCCAGGGAGCGAAGGCCAAGGCGUUCCAGCAGCAGGGGCAGCUCCUCGCCGCUGCGCGCGGCGCCGCCGCCGGCACCCCCAAGUUCGCAUGGUACGGGGCGUCAGCAGAGGACGUGACCGCCGUGGUGGAGCGCGGUUUCGCGAGGACCAACGCGCCGCGGCUCGGCGGUCGCAAGCACGGCGACGGCCUCCACCUCUCGCCACCCCAGUGCCCCUACACGAGUGCUAUGCUGGCCAAGGCAGACGGGAACGGCGAGACACACAUCGUUCUGUGCCGCGUGCUGAUGGGCCGGCCGGAGGUUGUCCAGGCAGGGUCCUCGCAGUCCCGCCCCAGCAGCGACGCCUACGACAGCGCCGUCGACAAGGUGGAUAAUCCGCAGUGGUACGUUGUCUGGAGCAAGGACAUGAACACGAGGGUCCUUCCCGAGUACGUGGUGAGCUUCAAGUGCCCCAAGCUGCAGCCGAUACAAGGAUCAUCGGAAGCGACCUCGAAGCCGAAGAAGCCUUCGCCGGGUCGGGACAUGUUCCCGACGCUUCUUGCAGAGAUCGAGCAGCUGGUGCCAGACAAGUGCCAUAUUUUGCAGGAGUACUACAGCAACUUCAAGAUGGGGCAGAUUAAGAAAGACCAGUUCAUCCGGUUCCUUCGCAGUUACAUCGGCGACAAGGUCCUAACCACCGUGGCCAGGAAGCUCCGACGAUGCUAAGUUGCUGGUGCGCGGCGCGUGGUUUCUCUCCCUCCUGAUUUUGCCUUGCCCUGGUGGUGGUGGUGGUGGAGGACGCGGUGGCUCUAACUCCAGCGAGUGAUGCAGUACGUGCUAGCUGUGUGUACCAUGUAGAUGGGUUUACUUUUGUUUUCUGUCGAUCGCUUUAGUUUUCGCUGGUCAAGAACGUAGAAAGGGGUUCGCAGCAAUGUCAUUCUUCCAUUAACCAACACAAAAGGAUAGAUGCAGCUUCCGGUUUCUGAGAUGUUUCAAUUCUUCUUUUACUAGUGUUGUGGUACCUGUAAUCUGUACAGACUGAAAAGAUUUAUGCAUGAAACCAUUGAAUUGUGGGCCGGCCAAAUAGCACCAGAUCAA